AUGAUCGUGAAAAACGUCAUUUUAUUCGGUAUACUCUGUGUAACGUGCCUAUGCACCACGGAAAAAACAAUAUUCCGCAACGGAUGGUACAAAACCAACAGAAGCGGAAAGAAAAUAAUGGUCUCAAAAGUGAAAUCCAUCAACCCCCACGAUUUUCCUGCCUCAAAGUACCUCAAAGUGAGUUCAGUUAUUCCAGAACUUUACCAAGACUCCGUUAAAGACCUCACAGAAUUAGAAGACCUUGUCUUGACUGAGUGUGGGUUACAGAACAUCUAUCCUGGAGCUUUUCAGAACUUACCCCGACUCGCCAUAAUCAAUUUAAGAGAUAACGGUAUCAAAUCAAUCGAAAAAGGUGUCUUUAAUGACUUAAAACUAAAAAUUCUGUUUUUGCAUAAAAACGAAAUCACUCACAUCGAUGGGGAAGCUUUUGACAACAUGACUGCAUUAACAAAAAUCAAAUUAAACCACAAUGCACUCACUACCUGGGACCCAAACUGGUUUAAAAAUACUCCAUCAAUUGAAGUACUGUCUUUUAGAAGAAACUCAAUAACCGAAGUUCCAACCAACGCUUUUAAGAACUUUGCAAACACGGACAACCUCAUCAUAUACCUGAGCAACAACAAUAUAUCAAGGAUAUCGCCCAAUGCAUUUACUGGACUUGUAAAGGUAAAUGAGAUAUGGUUGGAUAGAAACUGGCUUACUUCAGUUGACGAGUCGGCUUUCACAGGUGUUCAGCAAAUUGAGAAACUAAUGUUUAUGAGGAAUAAAAUAAGAACCUUACCAGAUGAUGUAUUUAGCACUGUUAAAAGUAUUACGCAUCUUAAUAUGGGUAGUAAUCAUUGGUUGCAAUGUAUUCCUGAAAGUAUCGUUAAAAUAGUAAAGAAUUUUGAUAUGGCUAAUAUUAGGCAUUUGGACUGUGUUUGUGUGAAAGAUUUGAAGCAGAAGUAUAAAGUGGAAAUUAAUAUCAAUGGAAGAUCAAAGUGUGGAUAA